UGCAUGCGGCUACCUGGCCCGGCGCGGCGACUCCUCUCCGGGCUGGCGGGGGCCGGCCGCGGGCCCCGGGGGCGCGGAGGCCGCAGCUCUCCUGCGCUCUCUGAGCGUUCGCAACUUGCCAGCAAAGUUUGGUGGAGGAAACGCCAAGCCUGAGUCCUUUCUUCCUCUCGCUCCCCAAAUCCGAGGGCAGCCCGCCGGCGUCAUGCCCGCGCUCUUGCGCAGCCUGGGGCUCUCGUGAAGCCGCGGAGCCUUUGCACCGGCGACGACCCAAAGACCCCUGUUUUUAGCGUUGGCCCCCGGAGCUCGUCGCUUUCUCCAUCCAGACCCACGCCGGGCGCAGGACAGCAUAGAUCGCGGAGGAGCGUUGCCAUUCAAGCAGCAGCAACAGCCACAGCAGCAGCAACACUUCGGUUCCCGAGCCCACCGCAGGCUGGAGGCAGUGCUGGCAGCCCAUGCUCCACGAGGAAGUGUGCAGAUGGGAUUAACGUCCACAUGGAGAUAUGGAAGAGGACCGGGGAUUGGCAUUGUAACCAUGGUCAGCUGGGGGCACUUCAUCUGCCUGGUCGUGGUCACCAUGGCAACCUUGUCCCUGGCCCGGCCCUCAUUCAAUUUAGUUGAGGAUACCACAUUAGAGCCGGAAGAGCCACCAACCAAAUACCAAAUCUCUCAACCAGAAGUUUACGUGGCCGCACCCGGGGAGUCGCUAGAGUUGCGCUGCCAGUUGAAAGAUGCCUCCAUGAUCAGUUGGACUAAGGAUGGGGUACACAUGGGGCCCAACAAUAGGACAGUGCUUAUUGGGGAAUACUUGCAGAUAAAAGGCGCCACACCUAGAGACUCCGGCCUCUAUGCUUGUACUGCUGCUAGGACUGUAGACAGUGGCACUUGGUACUUCAUGGUGAAUGUCACAGAUGCCAUCUCAUCUGGAGAUGAUGAGGACGACACAGAUGGCCCUGAGGAUUUUGUCAGUGAGAACAGUAACAACAAGAGAGCGCCAUACUGGACGAACACCGAGAAGAUGGAGAAACGGCUGCACGCGGUUCCUGCAGCCAACACUGUCAAGUUCCGCUGCCCGGCUGGGGGGAACCCAACACCAACCAUGAGGUGGCUGAAAAACGGAAAGGAAUUUAAGCAGGAGCAUCGCAUUGGUGGCUACAAGGUACGAAACCAGCAUUGGAGCCUCAUUAUGGAGAGUGUGGUGCCGUCCGACAAAGGCAAUUAUACCUGCGUGGUGGAGAACGGAUACGGGUCCAUCAAUCACACCUACCACCUCGAUGUCGUCGAGCGAUCGCCACACCGGCCCAUCCUCCAAGCUGGACUGCCGGCAAAUGCCUCCACGGUGGUUGGAGGGGACGUGGAGUUUGUCUGCAAAGUUUACAGUGACGCCCAGCCCCACAUCCAGUGGAUCAAGCAUGUGGAAAAGAACGGCAGUAAAUACGGGCCAGACGGGCUGCCCUACCUCAAGGUUCUCAAGCACUCGGGGAUAAAUAGUUCCAAUGCAGAAGUGCUGGCUCUGUUCAAUGUGACUGAGGCGGAUGCUGGGGAAUAUAUAUGUAAGGUCUCCAAUUAUAUAGGGCAGGCCAACCAGUCUGCCUGGCUCACUGUCCUGCCCAAACAGCAAGCUCCCGUAAGAGAAAAGGAGAUCGCAGCUUCCCCAGACUACCUGGAGAUAGCCAUUUACUGCAUAGGGGUCUUCUUAAUCACCUGUAUGGUGGUCACAGUCGUCCUGUGCCGAAUGAAGACCACGACAAAGAAGCCAGACUUCAGCAGCCAGCCAGCUGUGCACAAGCUGACCAAGCGCAUCCCCCUGCGGAGACAGGUCUCUGCUGAGUCCAGCUCCUCCAUGAAUUCCAACACCCCACUGGUGAGGAUAACCACACGCCUCUCCUCAACAGCAGAUACCCCCAUGCUGGCUGGGGUCUCUGAGUAUGAACUGCCAGAGGACCCAAAAUGGGAGUUUCCAAGGGACAAGCUGACGCUGGGCAAACCCCUGGGAGAAGGCUGCUUUGGGCAAGUGGUCAUGGCAGAAGCAGUGGGAAUCGAUAAAGAUAAACCCAAGGAGGCGGUCACCGUGGCUGUGAAGAUGCUGAAAGAUGAUGCCACAGAGAAGGACCUUUCUGAUCUGGUAUCAGAGAUGGAGAUGAUGAAGAUGAUUGGGAAACACAAAAAUAUCAUAAAUCUUCUUGGAGCCUGUACUCAGGAUGGGCCUCUGUACGUCAUAGUUGAGUAUGCCUCGAAAGGCAACCUCCGUGAAUACCUCCGCGCCCGGAGGCCUCCCGGGAUGGAGUACUCCUAUGACAUCAACCGCGUUCCCGAGGAGCAGAUGACCUUCAAGGACUUGGUGUCAUGCACCUACCAGCUGGCCAGAGGCAUGGAGUAUUUGGCUUCCCAAAAGUGUAUCCACCGAGAUUUAGCAGCCAGGAAUGUUUUGGUAACAGAAAACAAUGUGAUGAAAAUAGCAGACUUCGGACUGGCCAGAGAUAUCAACAAUAUAGACUAUUACAAAAAGACUACAAAUGGGCGACUUCCAGUCAAGUGGAUGGCUCCAGAAGCCCUUUUUGAUAGAGUAUACACACAUCAGAGUGAUGUCUGGUCCUUUGGGGUGUUAAUGUGGGAGAUCUUCACCUUAGGGGGGUCGCCCUACCCAGGGAUUCCUGUUGAGGAACUUUUUAAGCUGCUGAAGGAAGGACACAGGAUGGAUAAGCCGGCUAACUGCACCAAUGAACUGUACAUGAUGAUGAGGGACUGUUGGCACGCAGUCCCCUCCCAGAGACCAACGUUCAAGCAGUUGGUGGAGGACUUAGACCGGAUUCUCACUCUCACAACCAAUGAGGAAUACUUGGACCUCAGUCAGCCUCUCGAACAGUAUUCUCCUAGUUCCCCUGACACAAGGAGUUCUUGUUCUUCAGGAGAUGACUCUGUUUUCUCUCCAGACCCCAUGCCUUACGAACCAUGCCUGCCUCAGUACCCAAACAGAAAUGGCAGCGUUAAGACAUGAGCAAGCCCGCCUGCCUGUGCCCAGGCAGGACAGUGGCAGGACGCAGCCUACACUGAGCGGGGAGGCCAGGCCCCCAGAGCUUGUUGUCUCUUGUACAUAUGGAUCAGAGGAGUAAAUAAUUGGAAAAGUAAUCGGCACACGUGUAAAGAUGUAUACAGUUGAAAACUUCACAAUUCUCACCAGGAGAAGGAUGUUUCUGGACGGAUGGACUCCCACCGGCUGCCACGCGACCUCUGACCCACCGUGGACACCGGCUGUGGGCUAGUUGGACUCAAGGCAGAUGCAAGUUCUGCCUUCCUUGUUAAUUUUGUAAUAAUUGGAGAAAAUAUAUGUCAGCACACACUUACAGAGCACAAAUGCAGUAUAUAGGUGCUGGAUGUAUGUAAAUAUAUUCAAAUUAUGUAUAAAUAUAUAUUAUAUAUUUACAAGGAAUUAUUUUUUGUAUUGAUUUUAAAUGGAUGCCCCAACGCACCUAGAAAACUGGUCUCUCUCUUUUUUUAAUAACUAUUUGCUAAAUGCUGUCCUUACACAGAAUUUCUUAAUUUUCACCGGGCGGAGGUGGAAAAAUACUUUUGCUUUCAGGGAAAAUGGUAUAACAUUAAUUUAUUAAUGAAUUGGUAAUAUACAAAACAAUUAAUCAUUUAUAGUUUUUUUUUUUCUUUUGUAAUUUAAGUGGCAUUUCUAUGCAGGCAGCGCAGCAGACUGGUUAAUCUCUUGCUUGGACUUAACUAGUUAUCAGAGCCUUUGAAAAGAGAAAUAUUUACAAUAUGUGACUAAUUUGGGGAAAAGUUUUGAUUUGUUUGUGUUUAAACUCUGCUGUCAGACGAUUGUUCUUAAAUCCCCCAUAUACCCUGAUAAAGGACCCAUUAAUAGGAAGGUGUUACGUCAUUAGGCCAACGCCACAUUUAACUGUAUUUCCCAAGACAAAUGGUACCAGCGUCCUCUUUAAAAGAUGCCUUAAUCCAUUCCUUGAGGACAGCCUGAGGCUGAGAUGAUAGUGGGUAUACUCCUCUCCGGCAACUGGCCUCUGCCCCUGAGUUGCACAUUAAUCAGAUUAGUCUGUAUUCUCGUCAGUGGAUUUUGAUAAUGGCUUCCAGAUUCUUUGGUCUUUCGAGAUGCCUUUUAGGAUCAUCGAGCCCCAUCACAGAAAGUUGAAACACCAAGUUGUUCUGCUGAUAGUUUUUGGGGGGAUGCUUCCAUCUUGUUAAGGGAUUGAUUCCACCUAAUUUUGGUAGGGCCUCACCAAAAGAUCCAUCCUGACAACUGCCUCGGAUGGAACAUCGCUGCAUUGUCCCCUCUGUGUGAAAGUAUUGGGUUGUGCUUUCAAAACACCCACUCACAUUGCUAUAGCCAUGCAACAUGAAUGCAGGUGAAACUGAUUUUAUGUGUUACAGAAUUGGAGAAAGUAUUUAAUAAAACUUGUUAAUUUUGAUACUGACAAUAAAAAUGUUUCUACGGAUAUUAAUGUUAACAACAUAAAAUAAAUGUCACGCAGCUUAUUUUUUUAAUA